AUGUCCGCUCGCCGAAUGUCUGAAUUAAGCUAUCUUGACAUUCCGGACACUGCUAUGCCUGAGGUCAUAGCUGGGGAAGACCAAUGUUUCACCUGCUCACUCUUUGGUCACUCCUUUGUCGACUGCCCCGUGAAAGGCUCCAAACGGCGCGAAGAAUUUGACGAUUGGCGGCUCGUGGCAAACGGCCGGAUGUACAGCCUGCUUGCUGUGUAUCCGGAACUUGCGUAUGAGCAAGCAAUGGCGACUUUGCAUUUGGCCAAGCCGAAGGUCUCUAGCACCUCCGCCGCUGCAUCAUGUGCUCCAAUAAGUGCGGCGGAAGCUACAAUCACAGCUGAAGUCAAAGGUGGCAACGACGGUGACAGCCGUCCAGUCAAACGCUAA